AGGGGUCAACACUCAAAGACGCCACUCAUGGCUUCAGCUUCGAUCUUUCUCUCCCUCCCAAACCCUCACAAAAACGACACCGUAUUCUCUUCCCGCAACCGCUCCCAAUCCUCCGGCCGCUUCACCUCUCAUCAAUCAAACCCCUUCGCCGUCAAAUCCACAUGGAGAGCAAUUCCCUAUAUCGCCACCGGAGUCCGACGCGCUGAACCCGCGCCUACUCCGGUCCCCGCAUCCCAAACGUUCGAUGUUCUGAUCAUCGGAGCCGGGAUCAUCGGGUUGACCAUAGCCCGAGAGUUCCUGACCCGGUCGGACCUAUCCGUGGCCGUGGUCGACAAGGCGGUCCCCUGCUCCGGUGCCACCGGCGCCGGGCAAGGGUAUAUAUGGAUGGCACACAAGACACCAAACAGCGAGCUUUGGGAGCUGGGGCUGAGAAGCCAGAAGCUUUGGGAGGAAUUGGCUGAGAGCUUAAGGGUGCAAGGAUUAGACCCCUUAGAACAAUUGGGCUGGAAGAAAACAGGGAGCAUGCUAGUUGGUAGGAGUAAGGAGGAGUUAGAGGUGUUGAAAGGGAGGGUGGAGCAGCAAUGUGGAGCUGGGAUAAGAGCAGAGUACUUGUCGGCGGGUGACUUGCGUGUGAAGGAACCUGAGUUGAGGGUUGAUGAGCAUACUGGGGCUGCUUUUCUGCCUGACGAUUCCCAACUGGAUGCUCAUCGUGCCGUUGAGUUUCUUGAAAAGGGUAAUAGGCUUUAUUCAUCAGAGGGUCGGUAUGCUGAGUUUUAUAACGAUCCAGUGAUGAGUUUGUUGAGAUCUAGUGGCAGUAGGGAGGUUGAGGGUAUUCAGACUUCCAGGAGUAUCCUGAAAUGUAGAAAGGCUAUUGUGGUGGCAGCUGGUUGUUGGAGUGGAUCAUUGAUGCAGGACCUGAUUAGAGAAUCAGAAAUUGUACUGGACGUCCCUGUCAAACCACGAAAGGGUCAUCUUCUGGUGCUUGAGAAUUUCAAUUCCUUUCAACUCAAUCAUGGUCUGAUGGAGGUGGGAUAUGUUGAUCAUCAAAGUACAGUUCCAUUGGCUCCCAGCUUGCUUGAUCAGACCUUGUCUAUUUCAAUGACAGCCACCAUGGAUACAGUGGGGAACAUUGUUCUUGGGAGCAGCCGCCAAUUUGCUGGGUUCUGCACGGAAGUGGAAGAAGUCAUCAUCGGUCGUAUAUGGGAUCGUGCUAGGGAAUUCUUUCCCAAAUUAAGAGAGAAGCCCCUAAUAGAUUUUAGUAAGAGCAGAGAAGUUAGAGUAGGAUUACGACCUUACAUGCCUGAUGGGAAGCCAAUGAUUGGGCCUGUGCCAGGUUUGCCAAACUUGUUCCUUGCCACUGGUCAUGAAGGGGGAGGACUUUCCAUGGCUCUCGGAACUGCUGAAAUGCUUGCAGAUAUGGUGCUAGGCAAUGCUGAGAAAAUUAAUUCUGCAACUUUUGCUCCUCAUGGUCGAUGUUGAGAAUAAAGCAAACUGUACUAAUCAAGUUUAAUGAUAUGUUCUUAAUCGUUUCAUCUCUUAAAUACCAAUUUCUCAGUCUUCUCUUGGGCAAUCUAAAAAACUUAAUGUCUAAAGUCAUGCCAAGGAGCACCUUAAUGUCUGCAGCGUUGGUAUGUUGCCUUCAGCUUGCUGCUCAUUUUGACAUUUUCUGUACUCUGUAUUUACUUCCACUAUUUUCUUUCAGUAC